AUGCAAACAUUAGCGUCUCCAUUAUCUGAAACAACUCGUAUCGAAGUCAAUGUUGCCGAAUUUGCGCGUGGUGAAAUCGCUGUUAAACUUCGACGUGAUAACACAUUACUUGUACAUGCUCUACAUCUUGAUCAAUUCGCUGUAGAUAAUUUUUUUCGUAAAGAAUUAGUUAAAACAUUUCCUUUACCACCCGNAGAAUUUGUCGGUUUUUUAUUCUAA